AUGGCCACUCUUGCUGUGCCCAGACCUAUUCCUUCUCACCGCCCUUCCUCCACAAUCGAUGUUGACGCCGACAACAUCACGCCACCACUCUCUCUUGAAUCGUCUGCGCCGUCCGGCCCGCCACAGCAUACUGCUUUGCCAAACAAGCAUAUUCCGGUGUGUCCGACAGGGCCUGCUAAAUUUACUGACUUAGUUACACCUCCGCCCUCUCCAGGGGGCGCGCAAGAGUUCCGCCAAACAUCGCUUUUAUACCCUCCGAAAACUUAUGCCAAGACCGUGGCCGGAACACUAGCGAUAUAUGAGAUUGUUGCAUCGCAGGUUGCUGAAGCCUUGCACUACGCGGCUAGCCAGUCGCUCCCUGCCGCGUCUUGCGUCUUUCCAUGGCUACACGGAUUGCAUCCCCUCAACCACCUGCAGCAGACGUUCUUCACAGGUCGUCGAGGAUCACUUCUCAAACCUCCCACCGGCUUUCGAGCUGUCACCCUCGUCAAAGCCGAUGGAAAUCUUGCCAACAGUCGCCUCAAGGGCGCUAUUGGUCCCGAAGAAAUUAUGAAAAACAGCCCUACAGCUGAGUUCGUAGAUCCGGACCCUACGGACGGCUUUUCCGUGCGAAACUUCCAAAUUCAGGCCGCCAAAAUUGCUCUAGUUUCUGAUAUUAUCGUUUAUGGCGAUGACGUUCCUCAAACCAGGCGAAUGGCUUGGGACAUCGCUGCUGCGCAGAAGAGGUGGCGAGAGCAGAACGACAUCCACGCAGAUGGCAUCCAAGAUUAUAAUUGCUUUGUUUGUGUCUGUCCAUUUUCGGACUUUGAGCGGCAACAUGGCGAUCUUGUCGCUGUAGAUGCCGCGGGUUGCCUGACUGGUCAAGUCUUGGAUUUGGUUCGCCAGGAAAGAAGAGAAAUGUGGGACAUGACACUCGCAUCCGAGAUAUCACACAAUGUUUACAUGGGACCGACUCCGGAACCAGGAAGUAUUGAGGAGCAGCGUUUCGACAUAUUAAUUGAAUGCAGCGAUCUCGGUAAAAUGAACCCCGAGUCGCUAAAGCAGGUGGCCAAAUGCCCCUUGGAAAAGGAGCCCGAGGUCUUCCACGAGUUUCCGUCCUCGGGAAGCAUACUUCCUCCCACUUACUCGCAGACAGAAGCUGAUGGCAUCUUGAACACUUGCAAAUGGUUGUAUCACAUUUCGCAUGGGAUACUCCCGGACUGUGAAGAUAUUGGAGAUCUUCAAUUCAAAGACAGGGCUGCAGAGAUGUGUUUCGACGAAAAGAGGGGCGGCAGCAACACUCGAGCUCGCAAGAUCUUAAUACAUUGUGCCGAUGGCUACACCGAAUCAAGUAUGCUAGGAAUAGCAUAUUUCAGCUAUAGCUCCGGGCUCACUGUGCCAAAUGCAUGGCUGAAUCUCCACACAACAAAACUGCGCAACUUCUUCGCCUAUCCCACAGAUGUUGCCCUCCUGAAAGCUAUAUCUCCACGCCUCCUUUGCGAGUCACCAAAGUGCGAGAAAGAAAACACCAACGAUCUUAUGGAACUAGUCAAGAAUGAACCCGGUUGGUUUUGCAGCCUGGAUGGCUCACUGCCUAGCCGUAUCCUUGAUUACCUUUACCUUGGGAAUCUUGGACAUGCCAACAACCCGGCCCUGUUGCGAGAAAUGGGAAUUGGGCAAAUCUUGUCUGUUGGUGAGAAUGCUUCUUGGCGCGAAGGAGACUUGGAAUCCUGGGGAGAGGAAAACGUUUGCAUCGUUCAAGGAGUGCAAGACAAUGGCAUUGACCCACUAACGGACGAAUUCAAAAAGUGCUUCGAGUUUAUCGACCGGGGGAAACGACUCGGGACCGCCACUCUGGUUCAUUGCCGCGUCGGCGUUUCGCGAAGCGCGACCAUCUGCAUUGCCGAGGUUAUGCGUGCCCUUAGGCUCUCGUUUCCACGAGCAUAUUGCUUUGUGAGAGCUCGCCGAUUGAACGUCAUUAUUCAGCCGCACCUACGGUUUGUAUACGAGCUCCUACAGUGGGAGCAAGCCAUCUUGCAGACCGACGAAGGCACAGGAACGUUUACACGAGAACUCGAAUGGGCAGAAAUUGCGCGAGAAAUUGCGUUGAUGAAUAAGCCAUAUUCACGGUAA